UGUGUGUGUGUGUGUGUGUGUGUGUGUGUGUGUGUGUGUGUGUGUGUGUGUGUGAGGGCGGGUCGUAUCGAGCUCCUGUCAUAACACAGCGAUUUUCGGAUGAUGCAGAAAGCAGCGUUAAGUUUUUUUGGUGUUCUUGUGAACAUGGAAUCGUUCUUGCUGGUUUAACUUGACGCGCUUGUCUGCUGUUGUCUCUGGCUGAAGAAAGAUAAUGCAGAGCUUUUGCAGACACGUAUAACUGCGGGAAAUUGUAUUAGCGGUUAAAGGACAUCCUCUAGUUUUUGGGCCAUGCCUCUGAUCAGCCUGGACGAUGAGGAUCAGAGAUGGGUCCCAACCCACGUCAACGUGACGGUCAUUCGGGCCAGGGCGCUGCGGACCAAGGGCAAGCAGGGCAGCCGCUAUUUGUACACCGUUAUGCAGUUGGGGAAGCUAAAGUACACCACGGGACUGGCAGAGAAAUCGACCGAGCCCGAGUGGAAUGAGGAGUGUUCACUGGAGCUGCAGCCCGGCCUGCUGGAGUACGCGGGGGCGCAUCCCCACGGCAGCGGGGAUCUGAUCCUCACCGUCAUGCUCAGAGUGCUCAUAGGACUUGACGUGUUUCUCGGCGAGGCCGUGGUGCCUCUGGACAAGCUGUUUCAGAGUGGGACGUGUCCUAGGAACGAGUGGCUAAAGUUGCACUCUAAAUCUGGAAGGAAGGAGAAGGAGCGAGGAGAAUUGCAGCUUACCAUCCAGUUUACUCGCAAUAAUAUGACAGCUAGCAUGUAUGAUCUGACCGUCCAGGACAAGCCUCGCUCAGCCUUUGGCAAGCUGAAAGACCGUGUCACAGGCAAGAAAAAAGGAGAUGUGGAGUCUUCCUCAGCUAUCCUCCCUGGCCGCUAUGCUGCUCUGUCAGGCUCAACAAGCCAGGCGUUCCAAGAGGAUGGUGGGGUGGGGAACCCAGCACAAGAUGAGUGUACUGACGAAGGCAAGGGCAAGGUGAAGGGCUUCUUUCUGAAGGGAAAGUUGCGAAAGAACUCAGACACACGCUCCUGUUCCUCGUUGGCCUCUGAAAGCAGUAUGGCAUCGUCAGCAGGGGAUCCUUUUGUUCCCAUAGAGCUAUGCAGCACACCUGUCUACAGCAGCAGAGUGGUGGAGCCUUUCCGCACUGACUCAGAUGGUGGAGUAAAGGUGUUUACGGCUCCUAAAGUGAUGACCCACAAGCGUGCACACAGUGACGAGGCCAGUAAGAUCACAGUUGCCGCACGUCAAAAUAUGGCUGUAGAGAGUGUAAAAGGCCAGAACACAGUGCUUUCAAAGUCCACCCUCUGCAUCAAUGGCAGCCAUGUUUACUCUGAACCCAUCUACUCCAAAGGACCCGGGAGUCUGCCAAUCAAGAGAACGCUACUAGAGAAAUGCUCUCCUUUAUCACGCUCAUUGCAGAAUCUUACUCGCCGCAGUGAAGACACCCAGAGGCGCAGCUCCAUUGAUAAGAGCAAAAAGGACCUUGAGGGAGAUGCUGAGGGUUUCUCAGCCCUGGCUAUGGGAGUCAACUCCUCAGAUGGGAAGCCGGUGCAUGCCACUGCCCCUCUGGCGAUGGCUUCUUCCACCUCAGAUGUUGCAGAUAAAGGGAAGAAGCUGAGGAAGACUUUGUUCUCCAGUGGGAGGAGUGACUCUCUCCCAGCCAAACCGGAGCAGGGUCAGGAGGGACGUCUACGUGGAUGGUUCGGUUCCGCUGACAGCCAAAACAAGCCAAGGCUGGGAGUUCCUCCUAAAGUAGAAAGCAGCCCAGAAACAUCCGCUUCCCUCUCUCCCUGCCACUCCACUCAAUCACCACGCUCUCUUCCCCUAGUUUCUGCUACUACAUCAUUUCCUGUUGGUUCAGACUCUAAUCCAUUCUCCCAUCCCUCACCUCCACCAGCCUCCAUCUCCCCUACCAAUCCUUUCCUAACACGACUCCAAAGGAACCCCUUUUUUGAGGAGCUCAUAGCAGAAGAAGCUUUGAAAUCUCCUCCUGCGAUUUCCGAUUGCCAUAACUCUCCAUUCAACCAUUACCCAGCAUUUCCUGGGAGGAUUGGGCUUCCAAGUACUGUUCGUGAUAUCACACCAAACAAAAUGUUUUCUAUAAAGAGAGAGAGGCCACGGAGUGUAGCUAAGCAGAGGUCCCUCCCUGCCUUAACACCAGAGACUACCACUGUGAACUCUAAUAAUGCAAUGCAAGCAAGCCAUCCUUUGUCUGAGAGUAUGGGUGAAUGGGAUGAAUUUGAAGCUUUGGCCACUAGCCGUCUUAAAUCGCCAGUUGGAACUCCCACUCGACCGCUCUCAGCCACAAUCUCUUCUUCACCUUCCAACACUUAUCCAGUUGAAUACUGUAGUACUGAACCAAAAAUGCGGAAUAUAGGUGAUGAAAGAACCUCCAAGGACUAUAAUCUACCUGUUUUAGCAUCACGAAGGCCAAUGAGGACCCCAGUGCCCUUUCAAGAGAGGUGCUCAGACAGCUGGCUAGACCGGGCACAGGAGCUUGCAGUCCAAAAAGAAGCUUGUGUGCUUUUCCAAACAGAUUUAGCUUCAAUACGACAUCGAGAGAGGUAUAGAGAUGCAAACAACAAAGUUUCCCAUUUAGGUAAAGAUUUGCACUGUGCUACUCUGGAGCAGAAUGUGAACAUUUAUCCAACUUCACAUACUGUACAAAUGACCAGAGAUGAAAAUCUGAACACUUUAGAAAAUGGACAAGAGAAAUUUUUCACUGAGAGAGGCCUAAAUUUUGCACUAAAGAAUUCACAAAUUGGGUAUGAACACACACAACAAAACUCCCAGAAUUCUGCAAGUGAUCACACUGUGCCCAGUACUCCAUUUUGCCUCUCAGACUGUGAUACAACUGUGAGUGAAUCAAUGUGCAGUGACUUUCAGGUCCAGAUAAAUCCUGAAUCCUCCUCCGCACCAAAGCCCAUUACUGAUCAACAGAUUAAAAGCAUCAUCACUACUGAAGACAUCACUAAUGAAGAUUCCAAUAACAAUAAUACAAAUGACACUUCUCAGUUUGCUUUUAUUGACUGUGACAGCUCUCAUUCAGAUUUGAACCAGACUACGUUUGGAAUGAUAAACAAAGGCAGUAACAAGGCAUCAACCCAGUGCCCAGUUGCUGCAGAUUUUGAUCCAUCUUCGAUUUUGCCAGUAUGUGGGUUCUCCUCUGUGCCUCCUCAAGAUUUAUUAAACCGAAUGGCAGAGCUAGAAACUCCAGAUACUGUUGUUGUUGCAAGUGCAUUGUCCGACAAUAACCAUUAUGAGAAACCCUGUGACAACUUAGAACAUCACAGCAUCCAGCCACAUUCAAAUAUUACAGUAAGGUUUGAAUCUGAGGAUUCCAAUUACAAAGAUAGCUCUGUAAGUCCAAAAAUAAUUCCCCAGCGAGACAGGAAUGACGGAAAUAUGAUGGCACAGUUUAAACCUGAGGCAACAGAAGACAAUGCAGGCUUCAAUACACCACAUGAAGUUGGAUGCUGUUUGAUUUAUGACAAGAUUAAGACAAAAAAAGAUGAAGUCAUGCCAGAAGCGAAUAGCUUGAAAGUUACUGUUUCAGAGAACUGCAAAAUCAGUGAAUCACCUUCGACUCUCACAGAUGCCAUCAGUUUUGAGGACUUGCAUGCUCGAGUAGCACCGAGAGGCUCACAAAGCCCUUCCAAAACUGAAGUUAGAUCAGCACGCAUUAGAACACAUUCCACUACAAAUUCCCCCAAGUCUGACCCGAGCGCAAAUCUACCAACAGCAAGCUCUAACAUUAGUUUAACCAAACUUUCACUAUCUGUGCCUAAGAGUCCAUCCCCUUCUUUCUUCCAUCCUAAUGUCACUUCUGACCCCAGCCUAUCCUCGCUUAUGCAUUACCCAACCACAAAGCCUGUUUUGGGAAGCACUCUGACCGAGGCCUCGAACACCACCUCCACACCUCAGCUACAGGCUACUGCAAAGCACACACUUUCCCCAGAGGAGGCAGAGCCAGCUAGCAGUCGCCCUCCCGCUGAGGAGAGCAGCCCUCAUCCAGUGAAGCCUCUGACCAGCACAGCAGUGCCGGGAGAGAAGAAAUCAGUGCUGGAGAAACUGCGUUCGUCUAUCCACCCUGGGCGCGCCACACAGCAGAACAUGGCUGAGCCGGAGAAACCACCGGUGUGGAUGACAGAGGCCCACACUCACUACCAGACUCUGAGUAACAUGGAGCUGAUUGCUCUACUGCUGCAACAGGAGAUGGAUGCAGAAAGACAGAGGGCAGAGUCAGAGCUCCAGGCUACACUGUUAGAGAAGCGUGAGGCUGAGGUGAAGAAGCUAAAAGUCCAGGUGCGGGAUCUGGAGGACUACAUUGAUAAGCUGCUGGUGCAGAUCAUGGAGCAAACACCCACCUUGCUGCAAAUUCGUGCCCGGCCAAAAUAGUGUGAGCUUCACCUGUGUGAACUACAGCUGACAUUUUGGACACAUCUGCAAUCCUCAAAGCAGUCACAGUAUUCUCCUGUCCAACAAGAUACAGUCAAGCUUUGCAAACAGCAUUUUGGACAAUACAGGGCCAUUAUUCAACCAGUGGGUUUUUAUUUCAUUUACCAGAAUGUUGCCACUGUAGGUUUUGGUGCAUUGAGGAUCUCAUUGAUUUAAAAACAUUGAGAAGUGUAGUGAAAAUAUAUGUCCAAAAUUCAACUAGUUUCAAUUUGAAUAACAUGUAUUCAUGACGUCUAAGAUUCUUUCGUCAAAACAAAAAAAUUGUCAGGAAAAUUUACCACAAAUUGCAAAUAAACACUGCCUAUAGAGAAGUACUAUUUAUUGCUCUUGUACUCAAGCACUCAAGGAUCAUUUAUUUGUUUCUAACUGGUUAUAAAGGCUUAACUGAACAAAACAUUAAGGGCAGACAUGUACACUAUAUGGCCAAACGUUAAUGGACACCUAACAAUUACAUGCAUUUGUGCUUUUUCAACAUGUUAAAAAACCUCCCUCAACCCUGUUAUAAAACCUCCACUUUUCUUUGAAGGUUUUUCACUAGAUUUUAAUGAAUGGAUUUGCCUAUUCAGACACAAGAGUGUUUGUGAGGGUGACAGUACAGAUAUGAAGAGAAAUAAUAAAGCUACAGCAUAGACAAUCUACAACAGCUGUGUGCUUCCAACAUUUUGUGGCAACAGUUUGGGGAAGGUCCACGUAUAGGAGUAAUGGUCAGGUGUCCACAAAUACUUAUCCAUAUAGUGAAUUUCUGUGAUUUAUCUUUGUGAUCCUUAAGCUUUUAUGAAUUUCAGAUCCUUACCAAUCUUUCCUUGUGUAUCCAGUGUCCUUGCAUGCUAUGACUGACAUGAAAAGCAGACAUGUGUUUUGUUAAUUCUGAUAUCUUCCUGCUUGAAUGGAUUUUGAACUAUCCAGGAUUUUUUUUAGUGAAUCGUUCAUUUAUGUGCUUCCAAGUAUUGAAAUUAAUGAGAUAUUCUCAGGUUGGUCAUCCAAUUACAGAAGGUUAAAUAUACAAAUGUGAAUUCUUUUCUGACCAUCCAACACAUUUUGGAAAUAUUCUGUAAAUAUUGCUACAUAAUACACAGUAUUAUGUAGUGACUUGCUGCCUAAUUCCAGCUUCUUCCAUAAUAUCUUGAACGAAUGAAAGCAUGUUUAUCGUCGCAAUCGUGCACUUAAAACAGAAAAGCGUAUCCUUCAUGUAAGCUGUGCAAUAAUAUGUAAGCUGUGCAAUAAUAUCGGCUAGGCAUCACACAGUUGUUAUAUAUCCCCAUAGCUGCUUGCUGUAAAAGUAGCUAGAUUUGCAAACAUGUAAAGUAAAUUAACCAUUAAGUAACCACGGGAGUUUAAUUUCAGAUUCUUAAAGAAUGUAAUGGUGACGGCUUUUUUUUAAAGACUCCUUAAGUAUCUCAGACAUUCACUGAAUAUUAUUUUGACACAAACACAUUUUAUUUUCAUUUUAUAUACAGCAACACUGCAUCAAUAUCUGUUAGAUGUCUUAAUGUUCAUUUACAUUUCCCCAAAGCUUUUGUCAAGACAUGUUUGCAGAUGCAGUCAGUUUACCUGUAUUGAAGGCUGAUGUUUUACUGUUGUGGGAAGAUUUGUUGAGUAAAUAGUUUUAUACUAAGUUUAUCAGUAAAUGUUUUCAGUUGCUUUUCUCUGUUUAUUGAGAGAAUGUUAAAGAGGUAACGUUAUGGUAAUGUUAUGAGCACUGUGAGAGUUCAUUCUCGAUUUGACAUGUCUACAAAUUAUUUUGUUAUAUAGCUUUUUCCAAAACAUUCCCAUUUGUGUUUUACCAAGACUUAUUUAUUAUAUGUGGUUUCAUUUAAAAAAAUAAAAUAAAGUUGUUAAAAUGUG